AUGCACCCGAGCAGAGGCGCAGGUGGUAGCAUGAAGUCCGUACACAAACAAGCUGCAGCGUCGGCAAAUUCUCUUCCGAAUGCGAGGAGCAUUUCGAGGCCCCAGGAUGAGUCUGAGAGGAGAUUCAAGAUGUCCACCAUCUCGCCUCCCGGGACGCCUCUCGGACGCAACAAUGGGCUGAUCUCGCCGCAGGGUGGGAAGAAGCUAUCUGAGUUUACCUGGGAGCGUAACGAAUCCAAUCAGCAGAGAUACGAGCAGCAUACGAGGAGUCUCACAUACGCGGAGCGCGCUCGCUUUUGCUCCUACAUCAAGCUCCCAACGGAGCCCGAAACCGAAGGCGCUGCUCAGUGUCGGGCAAUGAAACCCGAGGAGACUCAGGAGAGCAGCGCGUCCUUGAAUUCACAGGACCCGGUGAAUACCGCCGAGACGAGUCCAAUGCUCGCGACCGCGGCCCUCAGAUGUGGAAUGGACAACGACGAGAGCGGGUUAACCGCGACUGGAAUGUUUGCACUACAAGAGGGCAAUCUCUUGAACAUGAACGGCAAGCUGUGGACACGACGGAAAGUGGAAGAAGUGCGUGCAAGUGCAACAGAGGAGAACGGUUAG